CUGAUUGUUGCACUUGUGAUAUGUAAAUGGAGGAAAAAGACGUGCAUCAAUGUUUGAAAAUAUUGAAAAUUACCUUGAACGCAAUCAGUUAGCACCUAUCAGAUACUCAUACAAGGAAAUUAAGAGGAUGACAAAAAGUUUCAAAGAGAAGUUAGGUGAAGGAGGAUUUGGCUCUGUGUUUAAGGGAAAGUUGCGCAGUGGACCUUCUGUGGCAAUAAAAAUGUUAGCCAGAUCCAAAGGAAAUGGACAAGAUUUUAUCAAUGAAGUUGCAACCAUUGGAAGAAUACAUCAUCAAAAUGUGAUACAAUUAAUUGGAUUUUGUGUUAGUGGCUCAAAGCGCACUCUUGUGUAUGAAUUGAUGUCCAAUGGUUCUCUUGAUAAACUUAUAUUUUCAAAAGAAGGAAGUGCACAAUUAAGCUAUGAAAAGAUAUACAAUAUAUCAGUUGGAGUGGCUCGUGGGAUUUCUUAUCUUCAUCAUGGAUGUGAGAUGAAGAUUUUGCAUUUUGAUAUCAAACCACAUAACAUCUUACUAGAUGAAAACUUUAUCCCAAAGAUUUCCGACUUUGGAUUGGCAAAGUUAUAUCCAGUAGAAAAUAGCAUUGUCUCAGUGACUGCAGCAAGAGGAACCAUUGGAUAUACGACACCAGAAUUGUUCUACAAUAAUGUUGGAGGAAUUUCCCAUAAGGCUGAUGUUUAUAGCUUUGGAAUGCUUUUGAUGGAGAUGGCAAGCAAGAGGAAGAACCUAAAUCCCCAUGCGGAUAGAUCAAGUCAAAUUUACUUUCCAUUUUGGAUCUAUGAUCGUAUUAGAGAAGAGGAAGAUAUAGAUAUACAAGAUUUCACUGAAGAGGAAAAGAAAAUAGUAAAGAAGAUGAUCAUAGUUGCACUUUGGUGUAUACAAUUGAAACCAAAUAAUCGUCCCUCAAUGAAUAGAGUGGUAGAAAUGCUUGAAGGAAAUAUUGACGACCUGGAAAUACCUCCAAAAUCUACUUUAUAUCCUGAUGAAAUGAAUAUAGAUGAUCAAACAAUAAACUCAGAGUACACAAACUUCGACACAUUCUCUUAA